AUGUGUAAGACAAUUCAAAUGCAUGGAUUUCCAUCUAAUGUUUCUGCUGAAGAGGUAAGGAAAUUUUUGGAGCAACAUAUAGGCGUCCAAACUGUUCAGGCUGUAGAGGUUGUGCAGCAUAAAGAAGGAGAUACUAUGACACAUGUUAAUGUUCAAUUCACAGACAAAAGAAGUGUUGAAACUAUCUUACUCUUGGUUACUCAGAACCUAUCUUAUAGUGACUAUGUUCUAAAUGCUACAGAAAUAAAACAUGACAUUUUGCCAAAGCCAAGAAUCUUUCCUUAUAGCAUGGAUGAUAUAGUAGUGCACUUUGGAUGUCAAACAUCCAAGGAAAAACUUGGUGUAUUCUGGAAACAUCCAAAUGCUUCUGUUAAAUUUGGGUCCAGAUUAAGAAAGAUGUAUAUAUUUUUUCAUUAUUUGUCUAUGGAUUAUAAGUUGCAGAUUUCUUCUGAGAGUGUAUCACGUAUUGAGCUACAUCAUUCACAUGGUUUAACCAAGAAGCAUCUCGUUUUUCAGUUACGCGGUGCUCCAAGGAUCUAUGAGAAAUAUAUUUCCAAAAGCAAAUAUUUUAAGGAGGCUUAUGACAACCAUUGGUUAAGAGGAGUAGAUUUCACCCCAUCAUGUUGCAUUGGACAAGCUUCUGCUCUAUGUCUUGAGCUUCCACAAAGUACUGAGCUUCCAAAUUUCCAUCACCAUUAUCCUAAUAAUUAUAAUGAAGUUGGCAGCAUGUUCACCCUUGAGGGACACCAUGGUUUCAAUUCUAACUUAAAUUUUGUUCCCAUGGUGAUUCCACCAGAAGGCUUCAACUUGCCAUACAGAAUUUUUUUCAAAAUCAACUCAUUAGUUCAGCAUGGUUGUCUUCCAUUGCUAGCAAUUGACAUCAAAUUCUUUCAUCUAGUUGAUCCUCAAAGAAUAAAGCUUGAAUAUAUAGAAAGUGCCCUGCAAAAGCUAGAUCAAAUGAAAGAAUGCUGCUAUGAACCUGUAAGAUGGUUGGAGGAACAAUAUCAAAGAUACUCAACACAUAGUCUAGUUCCAGUGUCUAAUGUCAUUGCUUUAGAUGAUGGGUUGGUCUAUGUGCAUAGAGUGAAAGUUACUCCAUCCAAAAUAUAUUAUUGUGGUCCUGAAGUGAAUCUUUCCAACCGUGUCUUGCGCAACUAUCCUGAAGACACUGAUAACUUCCUUCGUGUUUCUUUUGUUGAUGAGGACAUGGAUAAGCUUCAUUCAGCAGAUUUGAUGCCAAGGUCAUCUUCUAUGGAUGUGGACAGAGAAACAAAACUUCAUGAAAGAGUACUGUCUUCACUAAAAAAUGGCAUAACAAUUGGUGAUAAGAAGUUUGAGUUUCUUGCCUUCUCACCUAGUCAAUUGAGGGAUAACUCUGUGUGGAUGUUUGCAUCAAGAGCUGGACUUACUGCAUCUGAUAUAAGAAAGUGGAUGGGAGAUUUUUAUGAAAUUAGAAAUGUGGCCAAAUAUGCUGCAAGGCUUGGUCAAUCAUUCAGCUCUUCCAGGGAAACAUUUAGUGUUGGAAGACAUGAAAUUGAAGUUAUUCCUGAUAUAGAAGUGAGAAGAGGAGAAAUCAAGUACUGUUUCUCUGAUGGCAUUGGGAAGAUAUCAGCUGAAUUGGCUCAAAAUGUGGCUAAGAAAUGUGGUUGUGGGGAUCAUGUUCCAUCUGCAUUUCAAAUCAGAUAUGGUGGGUACAAAGGUGUUGUUGCUAUUGAUCCAACUUCAUCAACUAAAUUGUCCUUAAGAAAGAGCAUGUGCAAGUACAAGUCACAAAACACAAAAUUAGAUGUUUUGGCAUGGAGCAAAUACAAACCUUGUUUCCUUAAUCGUCAAAUAAUCACCCUCUUGUCCACACUUGGGGUCAAGGAUAGAGUCUUCAAAAGGAAGCAAAGGGAGGUUGUUAAUCAACUAAAAAUGAUAUCAAGAAAGCCAUUGAAGGCACUAGACUUGAUGUCCCCAGGAGAGGUUACCAACAUUUUAAAGGAAAUGCUCAUUUGUGGCUUUCAUCCAACUAAGGAACCUUUUCUUUCCAUGAUGUUGCAAACAUUACGUGCAUCAAAAUUACAAGAAUUGCAGCUCAAAACUAGGAUAUUUGUUAGGAAAGGAAGAGCAAUGUUAGGAUGCUUAGAUGAAACUAGGACAUUAAAAUAUGGACAGGUGUUUGUGCAGAUAUCUCACAGAAGAAAUAAGCAAGUACAUGUUAUGUCCUCUCUUUCUUCUAAUGACAAUAGAGCACAUCAAAGUAAACAUAUUGUUAAGGGAAAGGUAGUUGUGGCUAAAAAUCCAUGUCUGCACCCAGGAGAUGUGCGGGUUCUAAGAGCAGUUGAUGUACCUUCCCUGCAUCAUAUGGUGGACUGUGUUGUUUUUCCACAGAAGGGGAGAAGACCACAUCCUAAUGAAUGUUCGGGUAGUGACUUGGAUGGAGAUAUCUACUUUGUCUCUUGGGAUCCUGAUCUUAUUCCUCCUCGUAAGGAAAAUCCCAUGGAUCAUGCACCAUCUCAAGUUAGAAAUAUUGAUCAUGAUGUUACAUUACAGGAAGUUGAGGAAUGUUUCACCCACUACAUAGUUAAAGACAGCUUAGGAAUUGUUGCAACUGCACACACUGUCUUUGCUGAUAGGGAUCCUGAAAAGGCAAUGAGCCCUUCGUGUAUUGAGCUUGCAAAGCUACACUCAGUUGCUGUAGAUUUUGCAAAAACUGGUGUGCCAGCAGAAAUACCACAACAUCUACGUGUGGAAGAGUAUCCAGAUUUCAUGGAAAAGCUAGACAAACCAAGUUAUCAAUCAAAUAGCAUAAUAGGAAAGCUAUAUCGUGAGGUGAAGAAUGUUGCAAAACAAAAUAGCAUCAUUAAGCCCUUCACUAGAAGAGUGGCAAGGCAAUUAUAUGACCAUGACAUGGAGAUUGAUGGUUUUGAGAAGUAUACAACUAUUGCUUAUGAAUACAAGAACAUGUAUGAUUGCAAGUUGGGGAACCUAAUGAAUUACUAUGGCAUAGAGAAAGAAGCCGAAAUAAUCAGUGGCAAUAUCUUGAAAAUGUCAAAAUCCUUCAAUGACAGGAAGGAUUUGGAAGGAAUUAAUCAUGCUGUGAAGUCACUAAGAAAGGAAGCUAGGAACUGGUUCAAUGAGAUGAUAAGCAAGUCAAAUUCUCAAGGUGAUAACUCAUUUGCAAUAGCAUCAGCUUGGUACCAUGUUACAUACCAUCAUAGUUAUUGGGGAUGCUACAAUGAGGGGCUUAACAGGGAUCAUAUCAUUAGUUUCCCAUGGUGUUUAUAUGACACUCUUAUUCAGAUAAAGAAGGACAAAGCCAGUCGUAGAACUUAUGGAAUGAAGCUAUGGACAACACUGAAUCUGUUUCCCAUAUUACUGUUUUUCUUCUUAUUGUGGAUAACAGUGCAAUAUCCAACUGAUUAA